AUCUUCAACCUUUGCUUCUUCAUCAUAAUUCUUCUUCCAAUUCUCUCUUUCAUCUCACUUCCUCUCGUACAAGCUUCAAUUUCCUUUUUCUGUUUUGAGAUCAUUGCAUCUGUUUUUUUUAUUCUUGAGCUCGUUUAUAUUUAACUCGUAAUUUGAUCGAUACUCUCUAAAUUGGAUCAUCGUUUCUACCGACUGCGAUUCCCCAUUUACCACCUCGAUAUCCUCGUCAACCGUUGCCCCCACCAUCGGAGACGGCCGUUGUAUUCUCAACCAGUAGAAUGAGGCAGUCGCCGGUCUUCGGAGACGAUUACGCCCAUGGAACUCACGUCCAGUCCUUCUCCUCAGCUUCGCUCUUCCCUUCUUCUUCUCGCAGAGAUGUUUAUUACAGCUGUGGGGCUUGUGGAUACGAACUGAACUUGAGCUCUAUUAACCGCAACACAUCGACCAUUGGCUCUAAAUAUGGUAAAUCGAUAAAGCGAGGGAUCAUAUCAUUUCUAAACAUCGAUGAAAGCAGAUUUACGCAGGUCGAUGAACUUCAAUGUGUGCCUCAUUUCUCAAAAAACUCUUGGGGUCUGUUUCGGCGAAGAAUCAAACUACUGUGUCGAAAGUGUGGAAACUAUAUUGGAAAUGCUCAUAGUAACCAUACUGCCUCCUCACCACUUGUUUCAGAUGGAUCAGAUUCAUCAUCCUUGCCCAAUGAAGUCUCAAGGUGCAUGAAAUAUGAAGUAAAAAUUCGUGCUUUACAGCCUUCAUCUUCCAACGAAUUUGAGCCAUCAAUUAUUUAAACAAGGACAAGAACAAUGUUGGUGUCGAAUGGUUCUUUGGAGCUAAAAGAGUUGAAUUGCCUAGUAGCAACAGAUGCAGGGAUUAUCGAUAUGUUUGUUGUGUUUAAGUUGUGAAUAGAAUCGGGUUUCAAAUGGAACAGAAGUGUAAUUGAAAGGAUUCACAGUUAUGAAGUAUGAUUUAUACGAGUGAGUUGUUUCAAUGAUACUGAUGUUUUUAGUUUGUUUUU